UUUGUGUGGUGGGCGGAGUAGCGGGUGGACGUUGGGUUGGCUGCGAAAAUAAUAAAGAUUUUUUUUUGUGUCGAAUAAAAUCAUCCGCAGAGAAACUUUCCAUUGUGUGCGCGCGAGAUCUCGCUAAUCGUUUCAGAACAGCUGCAGCGCGGUGUUGUUAUCAGCGUCGAUUUGUGUUCGUGUGUGGAGUGCGUGUUCUAAUUAAUGCGGAGAAAACCCAGAAACAGGUUUAAGUCUGCGAAGAGAGACCACGGAAGACCUUGAAGAGCGCUAGCGGGGAAACCGACGACGGAAGGCCAUUACGACACUUUGGGGCACCAGCUGCUGCUGCAAUAUAGUUAGUGGUAGGCCAAGGAGGGUUCAAGACGUAAUCACGGACAUUGUCAUCAUCCAGCGGGGGACAGCAGCUUAGUGUGUCCAUUCCGUAACUAACACCCAGAAGAGAACGAGCCAAUAAAUACAGUCAAGCCAAGAGCAAGGAUGAGUUAUUCCUCGUUCGAGAAUAAUGGGUCCGGAACGGCGGGCCCUACCAACGAGGCCGACUUCCAGAAGUUGGCCCAAACGAUCGCCACCAGCAUUCAGAAGAUUCUGCAAAAUGUUUCAUCGAUGCAACGGAUGGUGAAUCAGUUCGGAACGGCACAGGAUUCCCCCGAGCUGAAGCAGCAACUCCACCAAAUCCGCACGUACACCCAGCGGCUCAUCACGGACACGACGAACCUGCUGAACGAGCUGAUCAACUGCAAGGAGCGCCACCUGAAGAUCCAGCGAGACCGGCUGGUGGACGAGUUUACCGCGGCCCUAACGGCCUUCCAGUCGGUCCAGCGGAAGACGGUCGAUCUGGAGAAGAAUGCCGUCCGGCAAGCGCGCGGAGCUUCCGGAGCGGUUCUCAACAAACCCCCGGGCGGUGGCUCGUCGAACCAUUCCAGCAUGGGCAGCUACGGCAACAGCCACAACCACUCGAGCAGUAGCAACGCGUUCGAGGACAACUUUGUGAGCCAGCGGGGGGGACAAACGCAGGAACAGCUGCAGGAGGAGAUCGACCUGCAAGCGCUGGAGAACCAGGAGCAGACCAUUCGCGAGUUGGAGGAAAACAUUGUGAGCGUGAACGAAAUCUACAAAAAGCUGGGCGCGCUGGUGUACGAGCAGAGCCACACGGUGGACUCGAUCGAGGCGUCGGUGGAGCACACGAGCGUCUUUGUGGCCGAAGGUGUGCAGCAGCUGAAACAGGCGAGCCAUUAUCAGAACAAAGCCCGCAAGAAGAAGCUGAUUCUGGCGCUGAUUGCGGCCUCCAUCCUGGCCGUCAUAAUUCUGCUAAUCAUCAUCCGACACUAGGACACUACAGCGAACAAGAGACGCCGACAAACUGCUCCACCACACAGUUUGUAAAUAGUGCAGCCGUGAGAACUUUUUCCGCCUCCCAAUUCGCAAUACAAGAUCUGGUUCUUUUCUAGAGGUUUCCCCGGUUUAACGAGUUGUUUAUUGGUUUUUUUUUCUUUGUGGAACUUUAUUUUCGAGAAAGUAAACGAGAGACAAUGUGGAACCAAGCAGCAAAAAAAGUGAUAUCUUACAUGAUAAAAUAAUUGCAAUGGAAUGUUUUGUGAACAAUAACGAACGGAAAAGCUUUUAGCGCAGAGUUUAACGUGAUUCAAGGCGAUAAUCACGCGGGAAUUCUAACGUUAUUUUGAUAUUAAAACCUGUCGCAGGAACUGCAGUCUGCAGUGACGAGCGUUUAUUAUUUAUAUUGUACACACACUUACUAGAUACUUUCUAAGCAAAUGAAAACAAAUGAGCAAAAAACAACACACACUGUAUUACUUAUCAAACCAUUACCGUUCUACUAUGUAUAUUAGGGAGAUAGUAGUCUAUUUAGUGCACGUGAAUGUGACGAGAAAGACGACACUAAAGAAUAAUUAAAUUUGGAAGUGAGCAAAAACAGCAAACAGAUAUAUAAAUAUAAUAAAGAAAUGUCAAUAUUAUGAAACAAGGA